UAGGAAGUCUCCACCUCCCUAAACUCAGGAAAUGCACAGCAACUUUCGUUUUACUGUAAGAAACUGUCUGCCCUGUGUGAAAGAACUGAAGCUUUUUGUCAUGGCUGAAAAUAACCGUCCUGUCAAACCACUUAAGAUGCUGGAAAACCUGGGCAAAGAAGUCCUCACUGAGUACCUAGAAAAAUUGGUGCAAAGCGAUGUAUUGAAAUUAAAGGAGGAUGAAAAAGAAAAAUUUAACAAUGCUGAACGGAAAAACAAACGCUGGGUCUUUGUAGAUGCCCUGAGACAGACAUUCCUUAAUGUGGACACAAGAAGGCAGCACGGUGAAGAUGACCCAGAAAUGGAAGAACCAGAAGAAUCCACGGAAACUCUCAACCUUUGUCCCCCUGAGGAAUUCAUGAGAGUCUGUACAGAAAAGACUCAAGAUAUUUACCCAAUAAUGGAGGCCAAGGGUCGUACUCGAAAGGCUCUUAUCAUAUGCAAUACAGAGUUCAAACACCUUGCACAGAGGCGUGGUGCUGACUUUGACAUCAUUGGCAUGACAGGCCUUCUUGAAGGCCUGGGCUAUACUGUGGUGUUGAAAAAGGAACUUACAGCUGAGGGUAUGGAGGCAGAAAUGAGAGACUUUGCUGCACUAUCAGACCACAAGACAUCGGACAGCACUUUCCUGGUGCUCAUGUCGCACGGCACACUGCAUGGCAUCUGUGGAACAAUGCACAGUGAAAACACUCCAGAUGUGCUACAAUAUGAUACUAUCUAUCAGAUAUUCAACAAUCGCCACUGUCCAGGCCUAAGAGACAAACCCAAGGUCAUCAUUGUGCAAGCCUGCAGAGGAGGGAACCCAGGAGAAGUGUGGAUCAGACAGCCUUCAAAGGCCCAGUCACAGGAAGCUAUAGAUCUGCCUAGGAAGGUGGUGGCAGAUGCUGUGCAGCUGAGACACAUGGAGACGAACUUCGUUGCCUUCUAUUCUACAACCCCACACCAUUUGUCCUACAUAGAUGAAACAAGGGGCUCUUACUUCAUUACCAAACUCAUUACCUGCUUCCAGACAUAUUCUUGCUCUUGUCAUCUCUUGGAUAUAUUUCAGAAGGUGCAACAAUCAUUUGUAAAGCCAAGUAUUGUGUCCCAGAUGCCCACCAUUGAACGGGCAACCCUGACAAGACACUUCUACCUCUUUCCUGGCAACUGAGAACAAAGCAACAAGCAACUGAAGCUCAUGUAAUCAGUUUGAAGAAGUGAUUUCACCCAAGGAUUGUAUGAUAUGCCUACUGUCCCACAACCAGGGAUUUGAGGAAAGAAUAAUUGUGAACUCAAGACCAGCUUGAAUAAUGCAGUGUGUUUUUGUCACAGGAAAAAAAAAAGGUUUACUAAAAGAGAACAUGAAUUUAAUUGUGCAUAUAAAUAAAUAAAGCAAAUAACUGUG